ACAGAGCCAUUUCCGACAGAGUCCCGGACCAGAAUCAACCCGUUCUCACUGGCAGAUGUGGAUAAUGCAAGUCACAAAAUGAGCGGGAACCGGGCCAUUUUACGGCCCCCGGAUGAUUGUCAGCCGCCUGUGGAACUAGGUUCGGACUCCUGGCUCAGAAUCCCUUCGCGAGUUCUCCCUACCUAAACGAGAUACAGCCCGAGAUGUCAGCCCCGCGUCCCCGAUGGAGGCCUUGGAGUCGGAGGGUUUGCUGAUUUUUACCCAGGUCCCCUCCGAACCUCAGAAGCGAAGGGUUAAAGCAGCAGGCAGCAAAUUCGCCGCCGCUUCGCUAGAGGGCGACGCCACGCACCCCGGUGAUCACGUGGUGUCGAGGGCGGAACAAAGCACCAGACUGGCCAAUAGGAGCCUGGAGCGGGGUCCCGGGACUGGAAGAAACGGCGGCCGGGAGGGGGCUACGGGAUCAUGGGGCUUCUGACCAUUCUGAAGAAGAUGAAGCAGAAAGAGCGAUGGCUUGGACAAUGCUGGCAAAACCACCAUCCUCAAGAAGUUCAAUGGGGAAGACGUGGACACCAUCUCCCCAACACUGGGCUUCAACAUCAAAACCCUGGAGCACCGGGGAUUCAAACUGAACAUCUGGGAUGUGGGUGGCCAGAAGUCUCUACGCUCCUACUGGCGGAACUACUUUGAGAGCACAGAUGGCCUCAUCUGGGUUGUGGACAUAGAAGACCGCCAGCGCAUGCAGGACUGUCAGCGUGAGCUGCAGAGCCUGCUGGUGGAGGAGCCCCAGCCCCAUCUUGUCUUUCCCCAGCGCCUGGCUGGAGCAACCCUCCUCAUCUUCGCAAACAAGCAGGACCUGCCUGGAGCACUGUCCUCUAACGCUAUUCAGGAGGCCCUGGACCUGGCCUCCAUCCGCAGCCAUCACUGGCGCAUCCAGGGCUGCAGUGCUGUCACCGGAGAGGACCUGCUGCCUGGCAUCGACUGGCUCCUUGAUGACAUUUCCAGUCGUGUCUUUACUGCUGACUGAGCUUCUUCAGUGUCCCCUGCACACUGUCCAGGUCCCUACCCCUCAUCAGACUCCAGCUGGGGGGGACAGACACCAGCCGACCAGACUAACACUCCCAACCCCGCCGUGACCUGCUGCUGCUACUGCUGCCCACUGCUGCUCCCCAUCCCUAUGCGAGGGCUGUCACCCCGGCUCCUGAAGUGACCUGCAGCUGCCAUGCCAAAAGGAAAGGCUGGACUGGGAGGGACUACCCGCUGCUACCAAGGUCCUGGAUGUCACCUCUGUCCAGCAGAGAGAAUAAAGCACUCCUUUCCUGGUUCCUGGUUGA